UAGUGAUGGGACACAAAGUGUCACUAUGGAGUAAGAGCGCUGUUUUGGGGAUCCCCUAACUUUCGAUCGAUAAGUCUUCGGUCUCUGACCGAUAUUCUCGUUUAUAUAUUAGAUAAUUCAGGAGUUUGUUUGCACUUUCGCCGAAUUGUUUAGAGCUAGUAUAUCAUGGUAUCGUAUUUUUUGAUUAGAUUUAACGUCUUGAUAAUAUUUCUCAUUAUAUAUGUAUAUAUAAAUAUACGCUAGUGUCUUCACCAUAUCAUAUCCCGGUGAAGUUUUUGCGUUUUGCAUAAAAAUUCGAAAACCGGCAAAUUACAUCGUUUCGCUAACAUCGGUUGUCCUUUAUUUAUUCUCACCAUCCACUUAUUUAUCAACUAAGAAGCUAAUCAUGAGCGAAAGUGGAGUAACUAGACAAUCAGUCGCGAAUGAAAUAGUGUAAAUAACGAAUCUCUGAAAAAUAAAUGUUUUUUUGAGGGUAUUCCGAGCAACAUCCUGAGUUAUCAAGGCUUAAAUUUUUUAGGUAUAUAAUGACAGUCCAGUACAUAUUGCAGUAAAGAUAAACAAACAAACAAUAUUCAUAAAAUGUGAUCGGAAGGGGCGGACAAGACAUCAAGGUCAACCCCCUUCUUGUCAACUGACUCUUCGCGGUCUCUCCUUACUAUACUGUAACUCGCCUAUAUAUACGAGAGCGCAGCGGAUGUGCGUUUUUGUAUACCCACACAGUUCUUAGCUUUUAUAAACCAUGUCAUAUACGAGUCCUUUUUGCUAUUUGUGUAUUAUAUCUUAUUUACAGAUUGUUAUGAUAAAAUGAACAUAAACGGCAAUUAGAUGAGGUAAUCUGAUAAUAUGUCAAUUAAACACGGAUAUAAUAAGGGAAGUGAGAUGGCGAUGCACGGCCACUGCCAUGGGGUCAAAGUUGAAACAGAAAGCGACGAUUCCGUCGUGUCGCCUUCACUUCCCAGCCAUAAAAGGGUCAAAGUUGAAAGAGUAAGCGACGAUUCUGAUGUGACGACUUCGCUUCCCAGUUAUUCUACAGUUAGAGUCGAAAGCGGCAGUUUAAUUGCGGCGAAUUCACUUUACAGUCAGACGGGGGUCAAAGUUGAAACAGAAAGCGACGAUUCCGAUAUGUCGACUUUACUUCCCAGUCACAAAAGAGUCAAAGUUGAAAGGGUAAGCGACGAUUCUGAUGUGACGACUUCAUUUCCCAGUUAUUCUACAGUCAGAGUACAAAACGUUUAUUCAAUUGCAACGAACUCAUUUAACAUUCAAUCAAGGGACGGAGUCGAAAGGGAAAGCAACGAUUCCGAGUUGUCGACUUCACUUCCCAAUCAUAAAAGGGUCAGAGUUGAAAGGGUAAGCGACGAUUCUGAUGUGACGAAUUCAUUUCCCAGGUAUUCUACAGUCAGAGUACAAAGCGUUUAUUCAAUUGCGGCGAAUACACCUUACAGUCAAUCGGGGGUCAAAGUCGAAACAGAAAGCGACGAUUCCGAUUUGUCGACUUCACUUUACAGCCAUUCUAGGGUCAAAGUUGAAAGAGAAAGCGACGAUUCACAUGCGAUGACUUCCCUUGCCAACCAUACAAGUGUUCAAAGCAACAGUUCCAAUAGGACGACUUUACCUUACAGUCCUUCUAGGUUCAAAGUUGAACGGGAAAGCGACGAUUCCGAUGGGACGACUUCCUUUCCCAGCCAUGAAAGAAUCGAAAGUAACGAUUCCAAUGAGAUAACUUUGCUUUACGGCCAUGAAAGAGAGAGUGACGAAUCAGAUGUGAUGACUUCAAUUCGCAAUCGUAAAAGAGUCAGAAUUGAAAGCGAUGAUUCCGACUCGACGACUUCCCUUCCUAGUCGUUCUAGGGUCAAAGUUGAAAGAGAAAGCGAUGAAUCAAAUGCGACGAAUCAUGUAUUGUACAAAUGCGAAACUUGCGGAAUUGAAUUUACGACCAAUACUUUGUUGGCUGAUCACAAGCUGACUCAUUCCCAAAAGCCAACCGAGUUCAGUGUAAAAAAUGCGAAGACUAAGACGUCACAAAAACAAGACAAUAAAGGCGGGGGCGUGUGCAAAAUAUGUGGAAAGCAGCUUGAGAGUGCCUGUUCACUAAAAAAACAUGUAAUGUCACACACGGGGGAAAAACCGUAUUCUUGCUCUACGUGUGGAAAGCGAUUUCUUACAAAAGAUUACGUGAAUAUACACCAAGUUAUACACACCGGAAAACGACCACAUUCAUGUGAUGUUUGCAACAAAACCUUUACCCAAAAAAGUUCUUUAAAAACACAUAUGAAGAUCCACAUUCCACAUUCAGAAUCAAAUUACGAAUGUGGAAUUUGUGGAAAGAAGUUUCGACACAAAACUAGUUUGAAAACCCAUUACCUGUCUCACACAGAGGAAAGGCCGUAUCCAUGUACAUUUUGUGAAAAACGUUUCAAGUCAAGUCAAAAACUGAACCAGCACAAGCUUGUCCACACCCCAUACUUCGGGACCUGAUUCUUCUGAUAUGCAGAUAAACUGGGAAAUCUUAUCGAAACUAGAACUAUUGUAUGAAAAAAAUAAGGCGGUACUCCCAUGAUUUUCCUUAUUUUAGUUCUAUUACGAGUUCGGGGUCUGUAUGUGUUAGCCAAGUGAAUAUACCCCCUGCCCAUAGAUUUUAGUCCCGUGUUGUAAAAUAUUCGAACAAAAUUAGUUUCUUCCAUAUUGGUGCACACACUGCUGGAGCGCUAAUACUUCUACUUGAUGCGACUUCCCUACUAAUGAAAUUGCAUUGUUAUCUCUUUUUUUGGACACGUAGUGGACAUAACGAUCGUUUCAAAAUUUUGUUGUUAUUGUUAUUUCCAUUAUUAUUUGUCUCCAUCAUUUUUAAAAAAUUCGCUUUUCUCUUCGAAUACUGGACCAAUUGC